CAAUCGCUCCUAAACAUGAAAGCCGAGGGUUUCGUACGCGCGCUGUGGUGGAAUUUGGUGCUAAUUAUAAAUUUAAUAGAUGGAAAAUCGAUGCACGAAAAGGACAAACACGAUGUGUUCAGCGUCGAGGGCGUCGAGGGACGGAGCAUCGAGCUGCAGUGUCCCAUCACGGUGCCCCUGUCCCAGGUGUACAUGGUCCUGUGGUUCAAGGAUAAAGCCGGCAUCCCUCUCUACAGUGUCGAUGUACGUGACAAAAUUUCCCGCCAACCGGCGCACUGGUCAGCACCGGAGGUAUUUGGAUCACGUGCCAAAUUCAAUAUUGAUAAAUCACCGGCGUCUUUGCUGAUCAAGAACCUGAAGCGACACGACCAAGGCGUCUACCGGUGCCGAAUCGACUUCCGUACGAUCCAGACACAAACGUACCGAUACAACCUGUCCGUCAUCGUGCUGCCCGAGCAACCAGUGGUUCUGGAUCGGUGGGGCCGCCACCUCAACGGUACGAAGCUGGGCCCAAAGGAGGAGGGUGACGACGUCGUCAUCACCUGCCGUGUUUCGGGUGGCCGACCACAGCCCGAGGUGCGGUGGCUUAUCAACGGUGCCAUCGUCGACGACCAGUACGAGCAGAACUCGGGCGACGUCAUCGAGAACCGGCUGCUCUGGCCGACGAUCCAACGCAGCGACCUGAACGCCAUCUUCACCUGCCAGACGAUGAACACGAAGCUGGUCGAACCGAAGGAGACGAGCUACGUCCUGGACAUGCACCUGAAACCACUGACGAUAAAGGUGAUCAAUCCACCGGGCGCGUUGGUGGCGGACAAACGCUACGAGAUCGGUUGCCAGAGCGUGGGUUCGCGCCCGAACGCCAUCAUCACCUGGUACAAGGGCAAACGGCAGAUGCGACGAACUCGGGACGAGCUGCCGGACCACAACACCACCAUGUCCACGCUCAGCUUUUCCCCGACGACCGAGGACGACGGCAAGACGCUCACCUGCCGGGCGGAAAAUCCAAGCGUAAACGGGCUGUUCCUCGAGACGGACUGGAAGAUGAACGUUGUGUAUCCACCGAUAGUUUCGAUCCAGCUCGGCCCAACGCUGGUCGUCGACGACAUUAAGGAAGGUGACGACGUGUACUUCGAGUGUCACGUGCGAGCCAACCCGGACUGGAAGAAGCUGCAGUGGUUCCACAACGAUAUCCUGCUGCAGUACAACGGAUCCGCGCGCGUCAUCCAAAGCGGCCAGAGCCUGGUGUUGCAGAAGGUGACGAAACAAUCGGCCGGAUAUUACGCUUGCAGUGCAAUCAACGCCGAAGGGGAAACCGUCAGCGACCAGCAGUACCUGCGAGUGAAGCAUGUUCCCGUCUGCGCCACGGAUCGGGUGAACGGGAGCGAACCGGGCGGGGCCAACCGGAACGGCAUACUAAUUGGCGCGUCCCGGAACGAGAACGUGGAAAUUCCGUGCCACAUAUUCGCCGACCCGCCGGCCAGAUCCUUCCACUGGCGAUUCAACAACUCAGCUGAAGUGCUUCAGGUCGAUGCCCACCGCUUCACGAGCCAUGGCAACAUCAGCAUACUGAACUACGCACCGGUUACGGAUCAGGACUACGGUACGCUGACAUGCUGGGCCGUUAACGAUGUUGGCCCCCAAAGUCAACCGUGCACGUUUCAGCUCGUUCUGGCAGAUCUACCGUCACCGGUAAGUAAUUGCAGUCUACCGAACCGGACGCAACAGUUUGCGGAAAUCCAGUGCUCGCCCGGCUACGACGGCGGCUUACCGCAAGUGUUUGUGCUGGAGCUUAUAUCGAAAAGGACCGGAACCCGGCGGUUUAAUUUUUCCAACAAAAGUGAACCAUUUUUCGUGCUAGACCGCCUCGAAAAGCUCAGCGCCCUGAUGACGCUCGAGAACAACUCGCUGUCGUGCGUGGUGUACGCGCUCAACCAGAAAGGACGCAGCGCACCCGUGCUGAUACAGGACUUUGAAAUUGGUCGCAUUCAACCGUACCGUCCGGCGGCUGAGCACCGGGCGGAAACCGUCGAGUGGAUCCCGAUCGCCGGCGGCAUCCUGCUCACCGUCCUAAUAUUGGCUCUGUCAAUUUCCACCAAAACGUACCUCAACCGGUGCUGGACCGGCGGGGUUUGGUGUGGGCGCCGCAGCACCAAACGCGAUCAUUCCCCGGCCGGUGGAAAAGGCGAGCAGCAACAGCAACAGCAGCAGCAACAGCAACAUCAACAUCAACAGCAACAGCAGCAGCACACGAAAAAUGUCCUGCUGCCGGACGAGUACGAGUGUGGUACGCACUGUUUAAAGCUGAAGAAUGUGCAAAUGUUGCGGCGGCACAGCUCGCGGAAGAAAAAUUCCUCGAAGGAUUCCAACGACGACGAACCGGAACCGGACGUCAUACCGGCGCAGUUCAACAUGGUGUCGUCCUCACCAUUAAUUGCAACGCCUCAGCACAGCGAGCUAGCUGCACGAGAGAAGGACUCUCUACGGUACGGAGGCUUUGCGCCCACACCGGCAACAUAUCAACCGGCUGCGGUCAGCGGCUACCACGCAGUCGAAUGCGACCGUCCCGGGACGGCGCAGGACACGCUCCAGUAUCGAUCGCAGGGCAGCAUCGUAGGGAUACUGCCCGCGACAAAAACCGCACUGGGUGCGGGCAGCUCCGAGCUCGACAUCAACGUGAUCAAGGACCGGCUGCUGACGACACGCGUUCCCGAAAGCUGCGUUUGACGUGCUGCUGCAUGGCGGUGCAUCGAUAGGGCGUAGUCAGCGAAUAUAGCAACGCACAUUGUGCACUUCGAGCAGUGGCCACUCGAACCAGGGCACCGGUUGUCCAAGGAGAGUGGCCGCCACUUGGAAGCCCCCGAGUGCAGCGGAACCCGCUGCAGAAGUACACUUACCAGUCUAACGCGAUGUGAUGCGAGUAACCUCUCCCCUGUUUUCUAAUGUAACAAGAAAAAAAAUGCGAAAUCAAGCAAAAAAAAAUAACAAAAAAAUAUCUGCGAUGCUGAAGCGAUAAACAAAUUGUGAAACUAUUGUGCAUAUCUCUGAGCUGUCUUCGAGAAGGGGCGCGUAAGAGCAUGGUGGAGUUUAGCGAACUUACGAACAGAUCUCAAUAAAUGAACGUUUUCAAGUGAUUGUGCUUUAUAGCGAGUUCG